UCACGUGUAGCCGCGCCAGACGCCCAGACAUGAGAAACAGGCAACACGCCAUUGAAGCAUAGAUUACUAGCACAGUUGCACGCUGCACCCACCAUGCCACCACCAUGGAUGGACAUGGCGUUGCGUUUGUGGCUAUAAAUCAAGAGAAGAGAGCCACGGGGAGCACACCAUAUAUGCUAGCCGGCGUCUCUCGCCUUGCCUAGCUAGAUUACAACUUUGACUUGCUUCCACUCUGUCGUAUGAUCUAGGUACUAGUUUACUUGCUUAAUUAGCUAUAUAUAAAUGCACACAUUCUAGCUAGCUAGGUGAAGGCCAAGUAAGAGUAGGAUCCAGUGGAGUGUUUCCGAUGGAGGAGCUGUGGAAGGACAUGUCCCUGCCCUCCACCCCGGCCGCGCUGCAGUCAUACCACAUCCACUCCCCAGCCGUCGCUCCCUACCACGCCGCCGCCUACCUCGCCGGCCCGGUGCCACUGCCGCGGGGGCCCCCUUACACGGCGCUCACCCUCAGCUCCUCCGUCGAGUUCGCCUUCCCAGGUGGUGGUUCUUCUGGUAAGCCCACCGGCUCCACCUCCUCCAACGACUACUCCUUUGGCUUCCCCUCCGCCUCCGCCUCCGGACCCAAGAGCAGCAACAACAACGGAAAGAGGGUGCAGGUUAAUGCUCCGGCGGCGGUCGACCGGCAGCUUCGGAUGAUCAAGAACCGGGAGUCGGCGGCACGGUCGAGGGCGCGGAAGCAGGCCUACACCAACGAGCUGGAGAUGGAGCUGGCGCAGCUGCGCAGGGAGAACCAGAUGCUCGUCAAGCGCGAGCAGGACUUCAUCAACGAAAGUUCGGCGACGGCGGCGCAGGCAGUCAUCCCCGACUGCAGCAGCGGCGGCGGCGGCGGCAGGAGCAGGUCCAGCAGGCCCACUCUCCACUUCGAGCUCGAGCAGAGGCAGAGGUGCCGCUCUGCCCCGGCGCCGUGAUCGGCGGCGGCCAUGGCCCAACCACUGCAGCAGCAGCUCAAUUAUUCCACUAAUUAUUUAGUUAUAUAAAUGACUAGGCAAUGUAUUUGCCGGCUACUUGCAAUUUCGAUUGUCCGAGCAAGCUCUAGGAGUCCUGAACUAUGCAUGUGUAUAUAUAUGUAUAAUCAAAGUACGUAGCUAGUAGUAGCUUUGUUGCAAAAUUAGGCUAGUGUGUAAUAGCUCCUUAAUAUUGAGGUGAUGAACGAAUCAAUCAAUCGAGCUAUGCAAAUUAAUGGCA